AUGAACAUCAAUUCCUUGCUGAACCAAGAACAGUCACUCCAAGAAAUGCAUAAUCAACAAAAUGGUCAACCACAGAUGUCUUCCCACUUCGAUCCGACGUCGUCGCAUGAUGAUUUCCUGGAACAAAUGAUGUCGUCUAUUUCAUCUUCCAACUCCAGUUUUAACUGGGACGUGUCCUCCGUCGCGGGUCGAGCCGACCACGCGCCGCCUUCGAGUCUGCUUAGCCAAUUUGAUGACCAGUCGGCGCAGUUGGUUUCAAAGCUGAGGCAGCACCAGAUCAGCAGUGGCGCGGCCAAAGCCUUGAUGCUUCAGCAGCAGUUGAUGCUGUCCAGAGGGCUUGCCGGAAACGGGCUUCAGUCUCCGACUGGGGUAUCCGGCGGCGAGAGUGGGCUCCUGCAGAUGCCUGUAAGUCUCAAUAAUAAUGGUGACAACACCGAUGUCGUUGACGGCUCCCUCCAAUCUGCUAAUCCGGCUAAUGAUACAUCAAUGCAAAGUUUAUUCAACGGAUUCACUGGAUCUCUCGGCCAAGCUGCAAAUCAAUCUCAGCAUUUCCACCACUCUCAGAAUUUUGGAGCGACAGCGGCUCCGUCUAUGAAUCAGCCUGCAGCGAGUGGUUCAACCGGCGGAGGGACGCCGGCGCAGCCUAGGCAGAGGGUGAGAGCAAGGAGAGGACAAGCCACAGAUCCUCACAGCAUCGCCGAAAGAUUACGUAGAGAGAGAAUUGCGGAGAGAAUGAAGGCUUUGCAGGAGCUUGUACCUAAUGCUAAUAAGACGGACAAGGCCUCGAUGCUUGAUGAGAUCAUAGACUAUGUAAAAUUCCUCCAGCUUCAAGUCAAAGUUCUUAGCAUGAGUCGAUUGGGUGGUGCUGCAGCGGUUGCCCCCUUAGUUGCUGAUAUGUCCUCUGAGGGAAGAAGCAGUAAUGGAAUACAAACGGCGUCAUCAACUAACAACAAUGAAACCAUGACGGUGACGGAGCACCAGGUGGCGACGCUGAUGGAAGAGGACAUGGGCACCGCCAUGCAGUACCUCCAAGGGAAGGGGUUGUGCCUCAUGCCAAUCUCAUUAGCCACCGCUAUCUCCACCGCCACGUGUCGCUCCAGGAACCCUAUAGCAACCUCCAACAACCUCAACACUAGCAACAACCCAUUUUUAAGCGGCGAGGCAGGUGGGCCAUCCUCCCCUAGCAUGUCGGUUUUGACUGUCCAAUCUGCCGCAAUUGGUGGUAACGGUGCUGGAGAAGCCUCCGUCAAAGACGCAACUUCCGUUUCCAAGUCUUGA